UACAGAUAUAGAGUAAAUUUUCCUUUCCUCUAAAUAUUUCCUCCCCUCCUCCUUCAUCUGUACAAAACUAGGGUUUUGGGAUGGUUUACCAACGCCAGUGAUCCAAACAGAAGGAAGCAUUUGUUUCCUCUUAGUUUUUCUCUGUCGUUUUAGGCUUCAUAUUGGUACUUCCGCAGCUUUAGUUCAGCUCUCACAUGAGAACAAUCACCCAUGAAAUCUUUUUGCUAUAAACCCAAUCUAAACCCAGAUUACUACAUUUCUCUCAUUGUUUCUCCAUAAAUUUCUUCAUUUUUUUUUUAAUUUUGUAUGUAAAUUCCUUCUAUAAACCCAAUCCCAUGUAAAUAAGAAGUCUAUUUCCUAUGCCAUUUUCUCCACUCUGUCAUGCUGAUUUCUAGAAUCCAUAAAAGGGUAUCCAAUUUCUCAGCAAUGAUUUCCCAACUGAGUCUCAAUCAUUUACUUCAUUUCUCUCCUGUCGUGUAUGAAAGAGCCACUAUUACGCAGAAGAACCCAUCAUUUAUUUCUCUUACGUUUCAAUUCUUUUCCAGUUCUAGAAUAUCUUACAAUGGUUCUCUCUCCGAGUCGGCAUAUUGUUCUGGUUCUUCUCCCAUGGCGACGAUUCGGGUCUCCAGGAUUGUGAAAACUGAAGCCCAGGAAGCACUAUUUGAGUACCUUCACUUUACCAGGAACUUGGGCUUCACGGACGCUGAGCAUAUCAGUAAGAACUCCCCAACAUUCAUUCAGAGUUUGCUUUCUGAAAUCGAUACCGACAAAGAUGUUAGUCGAUCGUUAACCAGGUUUUUUCGUUACCACCCCAUUAAUGAGUUUGAACCAUUCUUAGAAAGCUUGGGUCUGUGCCCAUCAGAGCUCCGCUUGCUUCUCCCAAAGCACCUAAUGUAUUUGAAUGAUGACCCUUCUUUGCUUGAGAACUAUCAUGUCUUGUGCGAUUAUGGAAUUCCCCGGAUUAAGAUUGGAAGCAUGUAUAAAAAAGCAAAAGAGAUUUUUGGAUAUGAAUCUGGUGUGAUGUAUUUGAAACUUCGGGCUUAUGAGAAUCUGGGUUUGAAGAGGCAUACUGUAAUUAAGCUUGUUAGCUCUUGUCCUUUGCUUUUGAUUGGCAAUGUUGACUCCGAUUUUGUUGAAGUUCUUAAAAAAUUGAAGAGAUUAGGGAUUGAACAUGAUUGGAUUGGAGGGUAUGUAACUGGUUACACCACUUACAGUUGGAAGAGAAUGAUUGAUACAAUGGAAUUUCUUGAAAAGCUGAACUAUAGUGAGGAACAGAUGUGUAGUUUGUUUAAAACAAAUCCACAAUUGUUGCUUGAAGGUUCUGGGAAGAGAAUCUUUGCAUUGUUUGGCAGAUUACUCAAAUUGGGUCUGAAGAUGGAUGAUGUAUGUAUCAUGUUUAAGCAAAACUCAAAGAUCUUUUCAUGGAAGUGUUCGAAAAAUAUUUUGCAGGCAGUGGAUUUUUUGUUGGAGAUUGGAAUGCCUAUAAAUGAUAUUGCUGAAAUUGUGACUAAACACAUGGAAUUCAUAGGUUUGUCUACUUUAAAAGGACCUAGAACCGUUUAUAAAGAAUUGAAGGUUGGUAGAGUUGGUCUUUGCCAACUUAUGAAGGAAGACCCUCUAAGGGUGUUAAUAUUAGCAACGAAAUUGGAAAUCAAGCGCAGUGAACAUGUACCAUGCCCAAAUCCAAGUAGUCAUUUGGAAAAAGCAUCAUUCUUGGUGAAUUUGGGGUAUGUUGAAAACUCGGACGAGAUGACAAAAGCUUUGAAAAAAUUCAGAGGUAGAGGGGAUCAAUUACAGGAGCGAUUUGAUUGCCUGGUACAGGCUGGUUUGGACUGCAAUGUGGUAGCAGAAAUCAUAAAACGUGCUCCUAUGGUUCUAAACCAGAGCAAAGAUCACAUUGAAAAGAAGAUUGAUAGAUUACAAAACUCUUUAGGCUAUCCACUGGAAUCUUUGAUUGCAUUUCCAAGUUAUCUAUGCUACAAUAUGGAGCGAAUUGACCUUAGAUUCUCAAUGUAUGUGUGGUUGAGGGAGAGAGGUGCAGCCAAGCCUAUGUUGAAAUUGAGCACUCUUCUUUCAUGCUCAGAUUCCAGAUUUGAGAAAUACUUUGUUGAUAUCCAUCCCGAAGGUCCAUCUGUGUGGGAAAGUCUAAAAGCCCCAACAGCUUCAACCUUGGAAUAAGUCAGUCUUCACAAUGUUGUCUUGUACGUAAAGCUGUUUUGUAGAAGUUCAAUAUCGGUUUAUGACCAUAUAACAAUUGAUUAUAAAGUUGAGUUAGUUUUAGGUAGAUCAUUUAGAUCAUCUUAUACUUUACUUGCUGAUGAUUUUUUGCCAUGAUAGCUGGCUUUGUAGCUUAACUUGAUGAUCGUAAAGCUGCAUAUCUGAAGAAUAUUUGACAGGAUUUUGAAAUAA